AUGCCUCCCUCUAUACGCCCUUUGGAUAUCGGGCCCAGCACCUCUUCUUAUUUCGCCCCUGCAACCAUCACUUCCAGCAUCGGCUGCAUCCAAGUUUCCGGCCAAGUGGGAACGGCUUCGGGAGGAAAUGUACCGGCAGAUUACGAGUCGCAGAUCCAUCUCGCGCUUCUCAAUCUCCACAAAGUCAUCACAGCAGCAGGAGCGUCCAUCCACGAUAUCGCAAAGCUGAAUCUGUACAUAGUGGACUAUGAUCCAGCCCAUCGGAGCCAUGUUAGACACUUGCAACGGUUCCUCGGACAACAUCGUCCAGCCAUCACUCUAGUCCCUAUCGUGCAGCUUGCCGCCCCGAAUUGGUUGUUUGAGGUGGAUGCAGUGGUUGCUAAGCCGGGUCCUUGUUUCCCUAUUUCUCUACCCGAUCCGUUGAGAAAAUAUGAUGUGAUCAUGAUAGGUGCGGGUCUUGCGGGCCUUACAGCCGCAGAGGCUGUCGUCCGCUCAGGACACUCGUGUCUUGUUCUAGAGGCGCGAGACCGUGUCGGAGGACGGACAUGGAGUGCUAAGCUUCCAGGAGGUGGCGGCAUCGUCGAUCUAGGCGCGGCCUGGAUCAAUGAUACCAAACAAUCUCGAGCGUAUCAACUCGCCCUUCGAUCCGGUGCGGAGCUUAUUGAGCAAAAUACUGAGGGAAACUGUCUGCUUCAAGAUGCCAAUGGGGAUAGGAUCACGUUUCCGUACGGUGAAUUACCAUUUGACGUGGAAACACAGACCCAUCUAGCAGAAAUCCGAGACAUGGUCGAAGUUGACUGUCAGAAAAUUGACCCAGCACGGCCAAAGGAUAGCUUGCUCGACUCCAUGACCUUUCUGGCAUAUCUGCAAAGCCGCAAUGCCAGCGACAAAGCGAUCGCCACAGCAUCCGUGUGGACGCGUGCAAUGCUUGGCCAAGAACCUCAAGAUAUAUCUGCUUUAUACUUCUUGCACUAUUGCAAGAGCGGCGGGGGCUUACUCCAAAUGCGUUCGGAUCGUAAGCACGGCGGACAGUACCUCCGCGUGCGGCAAGGCACCCAGAUAUUCUCUCAGACAAUCCUGAAGUCCCUGCCCCCAGACACGGUGCAGCUCUCGGCACCUGUCACUGCAGUACAUCAAUUUCAGAAGGACUAUGUAGUUGUUCAAAGUGCCAAAGGCGCUUUUGCAGCUCGCAAGGUCAUUUCGGCAAUCCCGACUACGGUACUGAAGAGUAUUGAUAUCCAGCCGCCCCUGCCUCCACAGAAGCAACUCCUUGUCAACUCGCUCCGGUAUGGAUACUAUACAAAAGUGAUGAUGGUGUUCAAGUCCGCAUGGUGGAUUGAAAAAGGGUACUGUGGUCUGGUCCAGUCAUUCAAAGGGCCUGUGUCAAUCUUCCGGGAUACCAGCAUCCCCGUCGAUGGGAAAUGGGUCUUGACCUGUUUUCUUACCGGUGAUUCAGGUCGCCUAUGGUCUCAGCUGUCCAAGGAUUCCCGUGUAGAGGCUAUCCUGUCGCAGUUAUCGGACAUCUACGCCGACCCAGUCCGUGUACGCGGGGAGUAUGUUGAGUCCCUAGGCCAUGAGUGGAUCAACGAGCAAUACUCCGGAUAUGGCUGUCCGUGUCCGUCAUUAGCUCCCGGUGUCUUGAGUGUGGUUGGCAAUGCGAUUCGCGAACCUUUCCGCGACAUGCACUUUGUCGGUACGGAGACCGCGGAAGAGUGGAAGGGCUAUAUGGAAGGUGCAAUUCGAAGUGGCGAACGGGGUGCACAGGAAGCCAUUAAGGGACUCCAGUCAUCUGUAGCGCACUUGUAG